GGGACUUUUCAUUACUCCACAUGACCGAGGACAUGUUGCAACAAUACUUAGAUCAUGGCCUGCACCUACCAUCAAGGCUAUUGUGGUGACUGAUGGAGAACGUAUUCUUGGCCUUGGAGACCUUGGCUGUUAUGGAAUGGGCAUCCCAGUGGGUAAACUAACACUUUACACAGCGUGUGGAGGAAUGAAGCCCCAGGAGUGUCUGCCAGUUAUGCUUGAUGUGGGAACUGACAAUGAGGUGUUGCUGAACGAUCCUUUGUAUAUUGGACUGAAACAUAAACGAAUCAGAGGCCGAGCUUAUGACGACCUUCUAGAUGAAUUUAUGCAAGCUGUGACCAACCGGUAUGGAAGAAACUGCCUCAUUCAGUUUGAGGAUUUUGCCAAUACAAAUGCAUUCCGCCUCCUGGAGAAAUAUCGUGGCCAAUACUGCACUUUCAAUGAUGACAUUCAAGGAACAGCUUCUGUGGCUGUUGCAGGUCUGCUCGCCGCUAUUCGCAUCACUGGCAACAAACUGUCAGAUCAGAAAAUAUUGUUCCAGGGAGCAGGAGAGGCAGCUCUGGGGAUAGCCAAUCUUGCUAUUAUGGCUAUGGAAAAGGAAGGGACACCGAAAGAGGAAGCCAUAAAAAAGAUAUGGAUGGUGGAUUCUAAAGGAUUAAUAGUAAAGGGCCGUGCCUCACUAACUUCUGAGAAGCAACGAUUUGCCCAUCAACAUGGUGAGAUGACAAAUCUAGAAGAUAUUGUCAGAAAACUAAAGCCAACUGCACUCAUAGGAGUUGCUGCCAUUGGUGGAGCAUUUACAAACAAGAUUCUCAAGGAUAUGGCAUCCUUCAACAAGCGGCCAAUUAUUUUUGCUCUUAGUAACCCAACUAACAAAGCAGAAUGCACCGCUGAGGAUUGCUAUAAUCUAACUGAGGGUCGUGCCAUUUUUGCAAGUGGGAGCCCUUUUAAACCUGUCACUCUUCCAGAUGGACGCACAUUUUUUCCUGGACAGGGUAACAAUGUCUAUGUGUUCCCAGGAGUUGCCCUUGGAGUUGUUUCAUGUGGAGUGAGGCAUAUAAGUGAUGAAAUUUUCUUCACUACUGCCGAGGUUAUAGCUCAGCAGGUUUCAAAGCAGAAUUUAGAAGAAGGCCGUUUGUACCCACCUUUAUCUACGAUUCAAGAUGUAUCUCUGAAAAUUGCUGUAAAAAUUGCAGAGGAAGCCUACCGCAACAACACCGCCACUUUCUACCCUGAGCCAGAGGACAAGGAAGCAUUCAUCCGCUCCCAGGUUUACAGCACUGAUUAUGAAAGCUUUCUGACAGACUCCUACUCCUGGCCCAAACAAGCACAGACAAUUCAGAGUACAAUCUUUUAAGAGAAAACUGCACUGCAACAAUCUUGGAAACACUUAUUUGCUAAUUGUAUUUCUUUCUAAAACAAUUCCCCCGUUUUCUCAAAACUCUGGAUGUAUUGUUUUUUUUUCCUUUUAAAAGGAGCAGGAUAAUUAACAUCAUAGUUUUUUCCCCAUAAGCUAAUUCCGUUAGCUACAAUGGUAUAGAGAAAAGUUAAUAUAGGGACAGUAUAGGGGUAUUUCUUUUAAUGGUUAUGCUAUAUUCACUACUAUUAUGUAGUGCUAUACUUUUCAUAUAUUUUAAUGUUUCUAUGACAUUUUGGUUCUAUAUUAUAUGUUUGCCAUUUUCGGGUGAAGCAGUAUUACAUCCAAGUGAUAAAGCAAUACAUUAUUGUGAUAAUUUAAAACGUGGCUCAGCUAUUUUUUUGAAUAUUUUAAUAAGGGAAAGUAUGUAGAAAUAAAAGGGGGGAAACUAAAUACCUCAGAUCAGAAGUCCUCGGAUGUCAGGAAGAAUGCUCCCUCUGAAGAAAAGGUAGUUUGGGUUCUCUAUAGAGUAUAACUGAGAAAAUAUUCCAUUUAGGAGUACAUGCGUUCAUCCCAGGCAAGUAAUGGAAAAAGUAAG